AGCAUGUAUAAAAGAAUUGGACUAAUUUAUUGGUGUCUAAAUAGAAUGGUAAAGUCUCUCCUGUAUUUUAUCAGUUUUUCUAGCAAAAGCGGACUUCAUCAUGCACUUGUUUGUAACUUUGUUAGUUUUCGGACUUCUUUACCAGAUCCGGGCACAAGAUGGAUACAACACUAUGGCAGGCGACAUGCAGAUUCAAUACCGGCGACCAUUACGACCACAAAAUUAUGGGGCCAGCGCUGGAGGACGACCAUCAUGGUGCCAGCCAGUCAUGAGAUACUGCUUUGUAAAUCCAUGUCAAGUUAGUAGAUGUCCAGCUUUUCCAAUGGCUGUAUGCGUAAACGACGAUCCAUGUGACCCGGCGUGCACCGGACACUUCUAUCUGCACGGGGACUUAGUUCCCGAUUGGUUGUGUCGUGAGCCAAGAGUUUAACAUGCAGCAAUGAUGUUGUUAACUUGCAAUUUGUUGUCAUGAAACCUUGGUUUUAAAUGUUAAAAUAUGACAUGUGUUUAU